AUGAUGUCACCGUCCUCUAAUACAAUUGAAGAUGUCCCUAGUGUUAAGCUACAAGUGCGUGAAAAUGCUUUAAUAGACGAAUUAACACCUUCGCUAUUUCAUGAGUUAACGGAGAAAGAGACUAUAUAUCUCCCAACGCAAACACGGAAGCUUGACUUGAACGUAGACCUACAUGAACAUUUUCGAAAACAAAUCGUUCAAGAAAUAGUGGAAAGUGCAGAACAAGUUACAUUCCGCGGUUCCGGAUUUACGCUCGCCCGCAUAAUCGAGUUGAAUGUUCACGUUAACUUAUACAACCCAUUACAAGGUUCAUCGUAUAUUCAAACACCAAAAAAACUACGAUAUAAAAAUGCGAUUAUUAACGUACAAAAUCAACACGAUGAAAUGUGCUUCAAAUGGUCAAUUUUAUCUGCUUUACAUCCAGUAGCAAUUAAACCAGAGCGAAUUCGUCAAUAUUAUCAAUAUGAGAACGAACUGAAUUUUGAUGGAAUCGAUUUUCCCGUUCGCUUGAAUCAAAUCGGUAAAUUUGUAGAACAAAAUGAUACUAUAUCAAUAAAUGUAUACUAUUACGAUGACGACAAUGACGGUCGCAUAUGCCCAUUACGUGUAAGUAAUGAAGUUAAACGACAUCAUAUUCAUUUGCUGUUGAUCAAAGAUGGAGAAAGUAUUAAUAAAACUGAGGAAAGAAAUGUUAAUACGGCUAGCACUUCCAACAUGAUUAAGGAUAUCUGCGAUAAUGAUUCAAUUCGUACUCAUUAUUGUUGGAUAAAAAAUUUGAGUCGUCUUGUCGGUAGCCAGCUGAGUAAACAUAAAUCUCCAAAAUAUAUUUGCGAUCGCUGUCUAAUAUUUUAUGAUACAAAUCAAAAAUUAAUGAAUCAUAUUGCAAGAUGUACAAACGAAUGCAGCAUUGAAAUGCCUGAUCAAACAUGGAUAUGGAUGAAAUUUAACAACUAUAAACAUCAGCUAAAAGCACCAUUUGUUGUAUACGCUGAUACUGAAGCGUAUCUAAAGGGACUCAGUAUGGAAGAUCAGAAACGCAUAUUUAGUGAGGAAUGUGCAACUACCGCAUAUCAGCAGCAUCAUAUGUACAGCGUUGGAUAUUACUUUAAAUGUGAAUAUGACGAUUCAUUUUCAUUUUACCGAAACAGCGGCAAUCGUACUGAUAGCGUCGAAUGGUUCAUCACAGAAUUGAAGGAAAUUGCUCAUGGAGUUGCAAAAUUGUUUGAUAAAAACACACCAAUGCUACCGUUAACUGAAGAUGAGAGAUAUGCAUUCCACGAUCCAAAUGCAUUAUGUACAAUUUGUGGUGAUAUUUUUGAAGCAAAUGAUAUUAGAGUACAUGAUCACUGUCAUCUCACUGGUCGAUAUAGAGGACCAGCCCAUCAAGCAUGCAACUUAAAGUUUCAAGAUAGCCACGUUGUACCCGUUAUUAUGCACAAUUUGUCAGGUUACGAUUCGCAUUUAUUCAUAAAAGAGUUGGCAGCAAAUAAUAUUAUAGAUGGAGAUGUUUCAAUUAUUCCAACUAACGUGGAACAAUACAUCGCUUUCACGAAAGUAGUGAGUAAGAGUACACGCGGGCUCAAUACGAGAGAAAACAUAAAAUUUAAAUUCAUUGAUUCAUGUCGAUUCAUGCCUGCAUCUCUAGCUGAAUUAGCAUCACUACUACCGGCAGAUAAAAAACAAAUAUUGUAUAACGAAGGUGAGAAAAAUGGCUACACACCAGAACAAAUCGCUAUGCUUGAACGUAAAGGAGUUUUUCCUUAUGAAUAUGUGAGCGGUAUGGAGCAGCUGAUGGAGACAAAUCUACCAUCAAAAGAAGAUUUUUAUAGCAAACUUAGAGGAGAAGGAAUAUCGGAUGACGAUUACCAAUUUGCUCACGAUAUCUGGCGGAAAUUCAAUUGUAAAACGCUCGGAGACUAUUCUGAACUGUAUCUAAAGACAGAUGUGCUACUUUUGGCCGACGUAUUUGAAAAUUUUCGAAAUACAUGCCAUACAAUUUACAGUUUGGAUCCGGCAAACUACUAUACAGCUCCAGGUCUUUCGUGGGAUGCCAUGCUCAAAUAUACCGGAGUGAGAAUUGAACUGUUAUCUGAUGUGGAAAUGUUGCUGUUCAUCGAACGUGGAAUUCGCGGUGGCAUAAGUCAGUGCAGUAAACGUCAAGUCAAAGCCAACAAUAAAUACAUGGGAGAUGUGUACAAUAAUGAGAAACCGUCAAAUUAUUUAAUGUAUUUAGAUGCAAAUAAUCUGUAUGGACACGCAAUGUCGCAACCAUUACCGCUGAGGGAUUUCAAAUGGAUUGAUGACAAAAUUAUAAAGACAUCUUUUUCGAAUGCAGAUGAAAUAGUCAAAUUAGCUGACGAUUCGGAAUAUGGCUAUAUAUUCGAAGUGGAUCUACAAUAUCCAAAAAAUUUGCGUUUGCGUGCAGAUAUUGUUGUGAUUUGA